GUCACAAUUUCAACGUGAAAUCCAAAUACGUAACUACGUCAUUUACGCAAGUCAGCGACGGUGGUGUUUUCCCGGGAAAUGCAGACACGUGACGAUGGAACGCGCGAAACAGACGACAAACAACCCACCAGGAGGAAAGUCAUUUCAAGAAAGAAAGUCGCCAUGCUGGGAAAUAAAAGACGUAGGAAACCUCUGCAGGACGCUGAGCAUCACAUUACCUGUAAAACUGACAAGCCUGGGCUUCGAGAGCAGUUCAUCAGCAAAUAUAAAGGGCGUGGAGUUUUCACCACUGGAGCUUUUUUCAGAGGUGAUUUUGUUCUUGAAUACAGAGGUGAACUUCUGAGUUCACAGGAGAGUCUGGACCGAACUGAACACUACACUGAAGCUGAGAACACGUUCCUGUUUGAUUUUCAGUGGCAUGGCAAAAAUUGGUGCAUGGAUGCAUCUAAAGAAGACUCGUCUUUGGGAAGACUUGCAAACGAUGAGACCAGAAAUCCUACUUGCAAAAUGAGAACCGUUGAAGUGAGCAGAAAACCUCACCUGUGUCUGUUUGCUGUACGAGACAUUCUACCAGGAGAGGAAAUCACUUACAAUUAUGGAGACUCAGAUUGGCCAUGGCGAGUCAAGACUUUGAAUAAAGCAUCAGCAGAAUCCACUGAUAAAAAGCCAGCCAGCAGUUUGCGCCUGCAUAAAUCCCCCCAUUGUGCAGCUUCUGUUUCCUCUCCUGAACUGGACAAGGUAAACAGCAAUGGUCCUCAUAAGCAGUCAGGCAAAGCAAGAACAUCAAGGAAUAAAACGGUAACCAUCUUAAACAUGCAGCAACUAUCUACUGAUGUUUACUGCCAGCUAGUUAAAAAUGCAAUAAGUGAUUUCUGAGAAACACUUAAUAUUUGAAAUCGACACCCAAACAAACACACCCCUCCCUUCAUUGCUCCGCCCCCAAAAUAAUGAACAUGCAACACAGUCAACCACUAUUAGCUGGUGCUCAGGUGUUCAAAUAGAAAAUAUCUUUAUUGCUGGCAAACCAUAGAAUGGUUUGGUUUUAGUUGAUUUGUAGGUGCAUAUCCACUUCAUCCAGCACCCGUGUCAUUUGAAAUUUAUUUAUCUACUCACAAUUAAAAAAAACAAACAAGAAAUUAUUUAACGCUGCAGUCCUAGUUUUUCGUCUUUGUCACCAUUUCUGUUCGAAAUCUGCAAUUGCAGUCAUUCGUGGAACUAUCAACUUUACAUGGGUUGUGCUUUGACACGGCACAUCGGAAUGAAUCCAAUGUUUUGAGGAGAACGCGCUGCUGUCAAUCACAUCGCGUCGGUGUGGAUACUGUCAUUUGCAAUCACAGAUUAUACUUUUUGGAAGUAUGAGUCAUGACCAACAGAAGAAUGUUCACUGGAAAAUGACACCUGAACAAGUAACAUCCACUUUUGUUCUGACCAACUAAGGGUAAAAAAAGCUUUGCAGUGAAUCUCGCUGAUGAAAGGUGGGGUAUGUGAAUUGCAAAACGGCCGGCAGAUUUUAAAAUUACACAACUCAAAUGGCCUUACCUUCUUUCCUUUGACUCCACCCAUUCGAAGAACAUGGACAUGAUGGAGGAGGGGUAUGGUACGACCGUUUGAUUGACACAGUUACUGUCUAAUGAUUCUAGGUAGUUUUGGAAAUGAUUGGCUGGAGUUUUUCCGAGUCCUGCCCGUUCCACAGAUGAUUAAAUUGCCUAAUUCUCAUUUCAGUGCUUCUAACUCAGUGGCUGUAAGUGGGUUAGGAAUAGGAUUUCAAGUGAUUUUGAAAACAUGGACAAAAAAGACAAUUACAUACCCCACCUUUAAAUCUAACAAUCGCUUAUCAAUUAUCAUAUCACAUCAAACCGUGCAAACUAUACUUUGUUCUCAAAUUGUUAAUGUUAACAACAUCAGCAUUGUGUGACUACAUUUAAGGCCCUUCA